GAGCACCAGAUAACCAUACGUAACCUUAACUACUAGUUCGCCGGCGGCCCCGAUUAUCCUGUACGUUUGCAGGUAACUACUUUGUCUCCUAGGCACAAGUUUCUUUGGAAUGGGCUGUUGAGUCGCAAGUUCCUCUCUCCAGGAUGACGUCGCGUCUUGUUCUGGUCAUUGGUGACCUCUUUAUCCCUGAUCGAGCCCCGGAUCUUCCAGCCAAGUUUCGGAAACUCUUAACGCCAGGCAAGAUCGGCCAGAUCCUCUGUCUGGGCAACCUGACGGACCGAAGUACAUUUGAAUUCCUCCGUGGUAUCGCUCCCGAUCUGCAACUGGUCAAGGGUGAUUUCGAUGUCGACUCUCCCAAUCUACCUCUAUCAAAAGUGGUGACCCACGGGAGCCUCCGGAUCGGUCUUACACAUGGCCACACCAUCAUCCCGCCAGGUGACGCCGAAGCCCUGCUUAUCGCCGCGCGCCAGAUGGAUGUUGAUAUAUUACUCUGGGGUGGUGCGCACCGCUUUGAUGCUUUUGAGAUGGAGGGAAGAUUCUUUAUCACUCCGGGAAGUGCAACGGGCGCUCUGAGUACCAGGUAUUGGCCGGAAGGAGAGGAACCAACGCCUAGCUUUUGUCUCAUGGACAUUCAAGGUGACGUACUUGUGUUGUAUGUCUACCAACUCAAGACGGACGCCAAUGGCGCUGAAACCGUCGCGGUCGAAAAGGUCUCCUUCCGCAAGAACACCGUUCCAUCAUGAGUUAACGCUUCGUAAUAUUUGCUUGUAUAUACGUCAUAGAAACAGCCACGAUCACGACCUCCUAAUUGUAUGUGACUUGAAUUUACCAAGGUUUCCCAACUGGCGUCUGCUCCGAAUUUGAUGAUGGACGAAGUUUUGCGGUCCCGUACGAGUUGCAUGGAUUGGUUUCCUCCUGAUAAUGUACUUUAAAACCCAGAUGAAGUAUCGGUUGCCCGUAUCUGAUCCUUCUGUUACCCCAAUAACUGUAAA